CAUUACCGCCCGCGCCAUGAUGUCGUUUUAGCCAUCUCUUGCUUUGAGGUUCACUUCGCAGUCGCUCUUGCCCUCUCACAUCUUACAAGGUUGGCUGCCACUUUGAUUGCGACUUCCAAACAACCAUUUUGGCACUUACCUCCAGACAAUCAGCCUUCCUCUACUGCCUGUUACCUCUACUAGCAUUCCAAAAAAUCUCUGGACGUCGCUUUCGCCCUUCGAAAACGCUCUACUUCACACUCGCAUCACCACUCAUCAUGCCAGACUCUGAGGGCCUUGACGAGAAGAUUCGGCUGUGCGAGAAGAUCAUCAAUUACGAAUUCAAAGACAAAUUUCCGUGCAUCGAAGCUCUACAUACCUUCAACACCUCUGUCAUGUACAUGAAUGAACUUCGCUCGGUCAGGAAGAACGACUCGCUCGCAGUCCUUGGGGACGCCGUGCUUGCACAUCAUCUCUGUCGACAGUGGUACACUACGGGCAAUUCCAGAGGUCAGUGGAGCAUGGUUCAGAGGGAAGUGGCGGGAAACGAAAAUCUGGCGUGCGCGGCGGUAUACAAUGGUCUCAACGAAUGCUUGGUGGUGGUUGAGACUGUUGAUUUCCUCAGUGAGAGAAUGCUCGCGACGUUGAUGGAAGCUAUCAUUGGCGCGGUUUCCCUGGACUGUGGUGAUGAUCCAGCGACGAUGGAGGCUCUGUUCUUUCGACUUCGACUGGAUCAUGACCUGCUGAUCUCGAAGAGUCCGGCGGUACCUGUUUAGCAUUCUGAAGACUGUCUUUCUACCAGAAACGAGAAUUGGGAACCAAUGCUUGUACCUGUGCUAUGCGCCUGUGCCAGCCGAGAGUCAGUGCCGUUACGAUCGAGGUGCUCGCCACGGUCAUCAUACGCUGAAUGGCUGAAUGCUGUUGGAGACAACAACUUUCACCCUGUCCAUCACUAUACCCUUGGUCGUUGCUUCUAAAUCCCGCCGCAGGCACAAGGACUGGAUGAGACAACGUGCUGGUUUGAGAGUAUUCCUCCCACCCCACUUAAGGCCUGAAAGUCGCUCUCCCAGACUCCAAUACUACACUGCCCCCAGUCG